AUGACCCAUUGAAUGUUUUGGAACUGGAACACUAUGUCUUGAUGUCUAUGGGACUCCUUAAAUGAUUUGAUGAUCAUACUCUUUUUUUCAGAAUAAUUACAAAGCAUUUUGUAUCAAAUCUUUUUACUAAAAUUGAAUGCUGUGAGUUAAAUUUUGCAGUCAUGGGGCUGGAGGAUUUUUCAUAUUGAUCGAUUAAUAGGGAUCCUUUUUGGCACAAAUCUAAAAAAAUCAUAGCAACAUGGGGAGAGAAACAGAGAAUACAUGCCCAUUUGUCCUAAAUAUCUUCUGAAACUAGUUGUUAAGAGAGAAAUAAACCCAUUUGCCUUUGACUAAUUAUUGAAAAUUCAGUUAGAGAGGAUUUGAACCUCUUUGGCUUUAACUAAUUUUUGAAAAAUCCGGUACAGAGAAAGAGAGGUAGUUAUGGAAUGUUGGUUUCUGAAUAUAGCAAAGUUGACUACUUCAAUUGCCUCUCCGGAUUGAAUGGGUUUGGAGGGAAAUAAUGAAGCAAAACAAGUAUGGUGGGAAAUCUUUUGUUUCCUGCGGGGCCAAAAAAGAUCUGGUUCUUUCCAUAGCCAAGAUUUUUGGUUUCUCAGCCAACCUAGUCUCUGAAUUGGACCCCUCUUCUUGGUCUUUGAAUUGAAUUCUACAAAAUAGGAAUUAUUGUGAAUGUUAACAGACCCUUGAAGAUUCAGGUGGAGGCUGUGAUGGUUGUUUUGAGUCUGCAUUUCAUUGGACUGAAGGAAGCAGAGGGAAGAAAAAUGAACUGCUUUUCAUGUUGUAUGUCGGAUAACAGGAUCGCGAGGAGGUCAUUCAAGAAGAGCAUUAGGGAUUACAAGUUGGUGAAGAGCAUAGGUUCAUUUGCUAACAUCUCCUUCAAAUCUGCGAGCAGCAAGAGGAGGUACAUAACAAAAAUUGGACAGGGAAAUCUUUCUACCCGGAUUUUCACUUUUCGCGAGCUAUGUUCUGCAACUAAGAACUUCAAACGUGAAUGUUUGCUGGGAGAAGGCGGUUUUGGGAGGGUGUACAAAGGCUACAUUGACAACCCAAGCCAAGCUGUUGCUGUUAAGCAACUGGACAGGAAUGGAUUCCAAGGAAACCGAGAAUUCCUCGUGGAGGUUCUGAUGUUGAGUCUCCUCCACCAUCCCAAUCUUGUCAAUUUGGUUGGAUAUUGCGCGGAUGGUGAUCAAAGGAUUUUAGUGUAUGAGUACAUGGCCAAUGGUUCCUUGGAGGAUCACCUUCUUGGUUUAUCGCAAAAUAGGAAACCUCUGGAUUGGAUCACCAGGAUGAGAAUUGCUGAAGGAGCAGCAAGAGGACUUGAACACUUGCAUGAAACAGCCAACCCUCCAGUAAUUUACAGAGACUUCAAAGCAUCAAACAUACUGUUGGAUGAGGACUUCAAUCCAAAGCUCUCAGAUUUUGGACUUGCCAAGGUAGGUCCAACCGGGGAUAACACCCAUGUCUCCACCAGGGUGAUGGGGACAUACGGCUAUUGUGCACCAGAGUAUGCCCUCACAGGCCGGUUAACUACAAUGUCUGAUGUAUACAGCUUUGGAGUUGUGUUCUUAGAGAUCAUCACAGGACGGAGGGUCAUCGACUAUUCAAGACCAAGAAAUGAGCAGAAUCUAGUUACUUGGGCACAGCCACUGCUUAAAGACAGAAGAAAUUUUAAGUUAAUGGCAGACCCUUCGCUUGAAGGAAACUACCCAACAAAGGGUCUCUACCAAGCUAUUGCAGUUGCAGCCAUGUGUCUCCAAGAGGAGGCCAGUACUCGGCCUUUGAUCACUGACGUUGUCAUAGCUCUAGCACACUUAGCCGGAAACGACAUUGAAGAUGAGGGUGCAGAAGAAGACGAUGUGGCAUCAGAUACCGUUGAUGGAAACAGUGAUGAUAGAGGUAUUGAGACCGAGGAUACACCAGAGGCUCGGUAGGUCAGAGAAGCUAGGGUUAGUGAAUGAGAAAGAUCUUAAGAACUGAAAGCAUAUUGCAGCUUUGGCCUGCUCUAUGAAACCAACCACAUCACCAUUAGCUCAGUACUUGUUUUUUCUUGAUGGAUGGUUGGGUGAAAAUUUUGCACUCUUUCGUCGUUAUAGAGCUUGUAUUGUAACAGGUAUUUUUAAAUGGACGAAGACUGGGAGAGGGUGUUACUUUCUGUUUAUGAUAUCAACUGCCCAUUCCUCAA